AUGAUUUAUGCAAACCCGCCCCCAAAUAGAUCCAAUGACAAACUUUUCUCCAAAGAGCUGCUUCAAAGGUGAGCUGUCUACAAUGUUCCCAAAAUUAGGUAUUCUGUAUACUCAUUGUGGCUACACUAACACUAUGGGAUUGUGGGGUGAAAUAUCCUCAAUUUUAGCGUGGCUGUCAGAUUCCGGCCUCACCCCGGUGUGAUAAUCAGUGCUUUGGUUACAGUUCUACUCAUUGGCGUGGACAGAUGGCUGUUGGCCGGGGCCUGCAUUUAGGUCAUCCACAAACACACUUUGUGACGUCAUCAUGCCAUAACUGCAGUGCAAAUGUCCCAUUGGAUCUAUUACUGUUAGAGAUGGCUCAGAAUGAAGUACCCCAAAGUAAUGUUACUGUUAUCAAAAGUGGUCUAAAGUCAAACUGCCAAACCCAUAUUCAAUGCCGACAUCUCUUGUGCAAAUUCUGCAUGUGCCAGGAGGCAUCUGUGCAAGCCUUAAUCCCUAAGCAAAGGGAAGGAUUGGUACUAUAUAGUUCCAUCUAAUUAUAUGAGAGACUCAUUAACAUACAAUUGUUUUCAGAAGAAGUAGCCUAAUGUGUGUAAGAGGUUUUUACUGAUCAGUUCUGGUUGUUGCCAUGACCUCCUAUCCUUCUUGACUGAGGGAUACAAGUCUCAUGUCUGCUCUGCCGCCUGCUGGGGUUCUACCGGUGAGGGGUUAAACUGAGGAUGGGGGUUUCCUGUUUUCCGGUGUGAACUCAAUGCCGUGCUGCUCUCUGUGUCCUCUCUCUUCGUAACCACUGAGAGUCUUUCAAUUUUGCUUCAAAGCGAGAUGAUGCAUUGGUUUUAUUAGGCUGUAUCCACAAAGGCAACGAGCAGCUCGACAAAGAGGAGGUCUGUGGUGAACCAUCCCCAGGUUGAAAGUAGAUUACUCCUGGAUUAGGAAAGUGAUGAUUCACAACAACAAGUCUUUGAAUAAUCUUUGUGAAUGUCAUUUAGUUACAGGCUGUUGCAAUACUACCUACUAUCAGAAUAUGCUUCUUUCUAUGAUCCACCAAUGAAUAUUAAUAUGCACCUGCAGCAUACAUUUCAAUACCGCUUACUGUUUUUUAUAUUUGUAAUAAUUGUACUCUUUUGAUGCUUAGCUGGUAGCCUAAUUUGGUUUUAGGAAUAACCUGUUAAUUAGGCUUACUCUUUACUACUAAAAUGUGCGUAUGGAAAGAGAUGGCCUUCUUUAUUAUGUGGGAAGGAGGCAGCAUUUGGUCUUGCACUGGUGGCGUUCCUUAUCUAUUAUGUAGGAAGGAGGCAGCGUUUGGUCUUGCACUGGUGGCGUUCCUUAUCUAUUAUGUAGGAAGGAGGCAGCGUUUGGUCUUGCACUGGUGGCGUUCCUUAUCUAUUAUGUAGGAAGGAGGCAGCGUUUGGUCUUGCACUGGUGGCGUUCCUUAUCUAUUAUGUAGGAAGGAGGCAGCGUUUGGUCUUGCGCUGGUGGCGUUCCUUAUCUAUUAUGUAGGAAGGAGGCAGCGUUUGGUCUUGCGCUGGUGGCGUUCCUUUUCUAUGAUUACUGGGCUUUCUUAUCACUGUACAAAAAAUGGGUUUUCAGCGCAGUCGUAACUGUGCAGAUCCUUUUUCAAACUUCUUUCGUCAGCCAGGCUACUUUCCCUACUUCUCGCUAAAUAAUACAAGUUUAAUCAAUUUGCAAUUAUAAUUAUCGUUGCUGUGGUGGUUACAUGUUCUCUUUUGCCUACCAAUGACUUUCAUAUACAGGAUAUUACAUGUGCCUGUGGUGAUUGGGAAAAAUCCUCUACUGCUUCUCUGCUUGCCUAGGCCAACUGUAUCCUUACCCUUUGGUAGAUCCUGAGCACUGGUGAUUGACUCAUUGAUUGACAGCUUGCGUGUGGUGUGGGGGUGAACCCACCAUCCACUCCUUUCUCACACUCCUGCCCUGCCCUGAGUGUGCACGCUGUUUAGUGGGUGUUGCCAUGGUGUCGCAUGGCCAGAAUGAGGCUUCACACACGGCAUCUUGUGUUCUCUUCACAGAGGGCUGCUGAGCAGAGCCGUGGUGGCACUGACAAGCCAAACUCAAGUAGGAUAAAUGCAGCCUCGUGGACUGAUGGGCAACUGUCUGUCUGGGGAUCUCUGUCUGGGGCUGUGGUCAUGUCUCUAGACGGACUAACAGUCGAAGGACAAACAACCUUACCAAAAAAAAGGAAUAUUAGGAUUUUCCAUCAACUCUUGUUGUGAAGGUUCUGACCACUUCUAGGUCCAUCAGAUGUUUUUUGACUUUUCUUUUUUUCAUUAUCAUAAUUUUUUUUGGAUUUAAACUGGGAUCGUCCCACAUAUGAUCUUCAAUGGAUUCCGUUGGCUCUUUGGUUAGCGUUCAAGAUAAGGACCAGUCAUAUCAUGUCCGAUACAGGUAGGUAUGACCUUCCUCAUACCCCCAUGCAUUAUACUGUCACUGUCUCAAUCUUUGGUCAACAUAUUUUGUUUCAUGUACGGCCUAGAUUGGGUGCUUUAAACUUUCCUUCAUAGUAGUGAUUUAUUUUGUCAUUUAAAAAAAAAAGAGUUGGAACAAGAAUUUAACAACAAUGAUCAUUGUAGGAUUUUACACAUGUACACAGUAGAUCAAGUAGCCUAGAUCUCAUACGAUCUCAUAAAUCUGUUGCAUGGGAUGAGAUCAGAUUUUCCAUAGCUUUCAGGUGUGAAUUGGUAGGCUAGAUUUCCCUCCAUUUAACUGAAGUUGUGAGAUGAAGUUCCAUGGAAGUGGAGUUGAGUGACAGUGAUAGUGGGAAUGUAGACUGACUAGCUGAGCUGUAGACUGACUCCUGUUCCCAUGUUUGAUGACUCGUGGCAGACUGGCAGGUCACUGACUUUCAUAGGAGUCACCCAGCACCUGGCCCAAUGUAAAGAGCACCCACCGGCAGGUGUGACCUGGGAAAAACAGGAAGAACUGUCCAGGCUUCUCAAUCAAUAUUUAACAAGCCUCUGAAACAUUCAUGAUGAUUUGCUUUGUAUUACUAGUUUCCAAAUUAAUUGACUCAACUUCUUUGAAAGGAGUGGAGGGACAUCUGUUUGGUAGAAGGCACCAUGGUUGUAUGUUCAACCAUGUUCAUCUCUAUCUAUAGGAUUUAUAAGCAUUUUCCUGGUCAACCAUUAAAAUGCAUUUGAGCAUUAGCGCUGAGGUGACAAUCAUGGCAUAUCUGUUCUCAAACGCUUCAAUGUUAGUGUUAAAGGUAGGCCUAACUCACUCCCAGUCCAACCUUGUACAUUUAAUUGAAUAACUUAAACCUAGUAGAGCUGGCACGAUAAACCGAAAAGUUUGAAAUUAAAUAAUUUUGAUAAUAUGGGUGAUUGUUAAUGGGACAAUUGAUGGCUACAACCAUCAAACUAGAAGUAGUAGUUUAAAGGAUAAUAAGCCCUGCAGCUUUGUAAGCAGGGUCUGUAUAACCACUGUAGGACCCACUGUAGUAAUUCCAGCCAGGUGACAAGGCCAGAGAGGAGAGAGACAAGUAGAUUACCUCAUGGAACGCUGACAGUAGAUUUUCCCCUUUUAUCCUUAGGGUUAGCCUACUUUACCGCAACCGUAGUGUGUGGCGUGCAAAAAUAUGGUCGUUGGUGACUUGUGGGAAUGGAAGGAGAUCUUUUCAAUGUUUUUGGUAAAAUAUUUUCAGUGAGACAUUGAAGAGAGUAGGCUACCUUAGCCCUUGUCCGGAAUGUGUUUAGCUCUCGACUGUUGCACAGGUAUCAUCUUUAAACCCAGUGGAAGCCUCUUUAGAUGUCGCUCAGACGUGCCAUGUGCUGUUGUAGGAGGAGAAAAAACCCCAGGUAUGGUUGUAGUGUGUGGUUAGAAAUAACCACAGUAGGGUAAAUCCAGUAUCUGUCACUAUACAGUACAAUCAUUGAUUUUAAUUUCAUCUGCAAGACCGACAACAGCUCAGUGUAACAUUGUUCAUAGUCUGUAAACAGUGAAAAAUUCCUUUUAUUUAAAUACAGUAAACAAAACUAUAGAUUUUUCCCUUCAAUAUCAAUGUUAUAACCCUUUUUAGUUUCAUAAUGCAUAAAAUGUGUUUAGUAGGUCAGGUCUAAUGUCAGUCAGUAUUCUGUGAGAGCUUUCUAAACAGAACACUGGGUGGGUGGGGGGCACUUGAUAUAAGAGGGAAAACUUGAAGUAAAAAAACAUGCAUGAAUACAGUUAAUCUCCUCUAACAAAGCGGUGUGUGUUUUUGCAGUAGAACACAAAGGAUGGCAGAGACCGUAACAAUUGAAGCCAGGCUGCAUGAAUAUCACUAAUCUGCUCCUAAUCUGUUAAUCCACCUGCUUCUGUGGAUGCUCCUCUGACCCUGCCUGGGGUUAAAGUGACCGAAACACCCAGAAUGUUACAGCAUCCUGAGCGUUGCAGAUGUAAUGUCCACAUCUUGCUCAGUCCCUAUUCUACACAGCAGAGAACCAUGCCUGUAGACAAUACACUUCUGUCUGAAUGUUCUGUAAACAUUGAGCCCACUGAAUAGCCUAGUCCUCCACGGAGCUGUCUGCGAGAUCGCUGCGUAUUGUACUGUAGAGAGGAAGUCAGCCCUACCAUAACAAACAAACCUCUGAUAAACCAAGGCUAUUGUCCUCAGAACUAAGAAGGAAGUAGCCAAACAAACUCCACAUUCACAGUCUCUGAUGGAGAGUGAGAGGGAAGGUAGUCAUACGUUUCUUCUGCUUCUAUAACUUGAACACUUAGGCUAAUGUGUGGCUUUGGUUUCUAGUUUAUUUGAACUGUGGCCACUUUGGAACGUUUAGGCUCAAUAAACUUGGGUUGUUUUGGACAAUACUAUUUUCUCCCGUCUGUGCCUACUGAACGCCACCAGCUCCAUAGAUCAACAAUUCUAUAUUUUACCUAAACCGCCUCUGCUGCCCCCUGUAGGAUGGAGGCGUCCUGCCUGGAGCUGGCCCUGGAGGGGGAGCGGCUCUGUAAGGUGGCCGACUACAGCGCGGGGGUGUCCUUCUUUGAGGCGGCCAUCCAAGUUGGCACUGAGGACCUGCAAGUGCUGAGUGCUAUCUAUAGCCAGCUGGGCAACGCCUACUUCCACCUGCAUGACUACGCCAAGGCCUUGGAGUUCCACCAUCAUGAUCUCACCUUGACCAGGUAGGAACACACCGAUCACCAGGUAGGAAGGAACACACCGAUCACCAGGUAGGAAGGAACACACCGAUCACCAGGUAGGAAGGAACACACCGAUCACCAGGUAGGAAGGAACACACCGAUCACCAGGUAGGAAGGAACACACCGAUCACCAGGUAGGAAGGAACACACCGAUCACCAGGUAGGAAGGAACACACCGAUCACCAGGUAGGAAGGAACACACCGAUCACCAGGUAGGAAGGAACACACCGAUCACCAGGGAGGAAGGAACACACCGAUCACCAGGUAGGAAGGAACACACCGAUCACCAGGGAGGAAGGAACACACCGAUCACCAGGUAGGAAGGAACACACCGAUCACCAGGUAGGAAGGAACACACCGAUCACCAGGGAGGAAGGAACACACCGAUCACCAGGGCCGUAUUAAUAAAGCUUCUCAGAGUAGGACCAGGUCAUUGUUCCCUCUUAUCAGCAUGACCUCACCACAUAAUUCAGCUGUCUGGACGUAAGCAUUUUGCCAUUUAAAGUAGAUGAGCUUUUCCAUCCCAUGAUUUAAUGAUGACAUUUUACGAUCCCAUUCUCAGGACCAUCGGGGACCAGCAUGGAGAGGCUAAAGCCAGUGGUAACCUAGGCAACACGCUGAAGGUGUUGGGUAGGUAUGAUGAGGCUGUGGUCUGCUGUCAGAGGCACUUAGAUAUCGCCAUGGACCUGCACGACAAGGUGAGAUUGAUUAAUGAAUCAACUGAUUUGCGGUUUAUUCCGGUGUUUAAAUGCAGCUUUGGCUUCUUUUACGGUUUUGGAAUUGACAUUGGCUCUGUUCUUCUGUCUCUUCGUUAGGUGGGGCAGGCGAGGGCGCUGUAUAACUUUGGGAACGUGUAUCAUGCCAAAGGCAAGACCAUCUGUUGGAGCGGUGCGGAGCCUGGAGAGUUCCCUGAGGAGGUCAUGACUGCACUUAGGAAAGCAGCGGAAUACUACGAGUGAGUUAGUUUGUGUGCAGGCAUUUUGUUCAUGUGCCUUAAGUCAGGUACUGUAGAGUAGAAUAUUAUAUACAGUACCAGUCAGAAGUUUGGACACACCUACUCAUUCAAGGGUUUUUCUUUAUUUUUACUAUUUUCAACAUUGUAGAAUAAUAGUGAAGACAUCAACACUAUGAAAUAACACAUAUGGAAUCAUGUAGUAUUUUAUAUUUGAGAUUCUUCAAAGUAGCCACCCUUUGCCUUGAUGACAGCUUUGCACACUCUUGGCAUUCUCUCAACCAGCUUCAUGAGGUAGUCACCUUGAAUGCAUUUUAAUUGACAGGUGUGCCUUGUUAAAAGUACAUUUGUGGAAUUUAUUUCCUUCUUAAUUCAUUUGAACCAAUCAGUUGUGUUGUGACAAGGUAGGGUUGGUAUACAGAAGAUAGCCCUAUUUGGUAAAAAACCAAAUCCAUAUUAUGGCAAGAACAGCUCAAAUAAGCAAAGUGAAACGACAGUUACUUUAAGACAUGAUGGUCAGUCAAUCUGGAAAAUCUCAAGAACUUUGAAUGUUUCUUCAAGUGCAGUCGCAAAAACCAUCAAGCGCUAUGAUGAAACUGGCUCUCAUGAGGACCGCCAAAGGAAAGGAAGACCCAGAGUUACCUCUGCUGCAGAGUAUAAGUUCAUUAGAGUUACCAGCCUCAGAAAUUGUAACCCAAAUAAAUGCAAAAGUAACAGACACAUCUCAACAUCAACUGUUCAGAGGAGACUGUGUGAAUCAGGCCUUCAUGGUCGAAUUGCUGCAAAGAAACCACUACUAAAGGACACCAAUAAGAAGAAGAGGCUUGCUUAGACCAAGAAAAACAAGCAAUGGACAUUAGACUGGUGGAAAUUUGUCCUUUGGUCUGGAGUCCAAAUUUGAGAUUUUUGGUUCCAACUGCCGUGUCUUUGUGAGACGCAGUGUGGGUGAACGGAUGAUCUCCGCAUGUGUAUUUCCCACCGUAAAGCAUGGAGGAGGAGGUGCUAUGGUGUGGGGGUGCUUUGCUGGUGACACGGUAUGUGUUAUUUUAUAGAUUUGAUGUCUUCACUAUUAUUCUACAAUGUAGAAAAUAGUAAAAAAUAAAGAAUAACCUUUGAAUGAGUAGGUGUUCUAAAACUUUUGACCGGUAGUGUACAUAUACAGUACCAGUCAAAAGUUUGGACACACCUACUCAUUCAAGGGUUUUUCUUCAUUUUUUACUAUUUUCUACAUUGUAGAAUAAUAGUGACGACAUCAAAACUAUGAAAUAACACAUGGAAUCAUGUAGUAACCAAAAAAGUGUUAAACAAAUCAAAAUAUAUUUUAUAUGUGAGGUUCUUCAAAUAGCCACCCUUUGCCUUGAUGACAGCUUUACACAUUCUUGGCAUUCUCUCAACCAGCUUCAACAGUCUUGAAGGAGUUCCCACAUAUGCUGAGCACUUGUUGGCUGCUUUUACUUCACUCUGCCGUCCGACUCAUCCCAAACCAUCUCAAUUGGGUUGAGGUCGGGGAUUGUGGAGGCCAGGUCAUCUGAUGCAGCACUCCAUCACUCUCCUUCUUGGUAAAAUAGACCUUACACAGCCUGAAGGUGUGUUGGGUCAGUGUCCUGUUGAAAAACAAAUGAUAGCCCCACUAAGCCCAAACCAGAUGGGAUGGCGUAUCGCUGCAGAAUGCUGUGGUAGCCAUGCUGGUUAAGUGUGCCUUGAAUUCUAAAUAAAUCACAGACAGUGUCACCAGCAAAGCACCGUAACACCACCACCUCCAUGCUUUUUGGUGGGAACCACACACAGAGAUCAUCCGUUCACCCACACCGCACCUCGCAAAGACACUGCGGUUGGAACCAAAGGACAAAUUUCCACCGGUCUAAUGUCCAUUGCUCGUGUUUCUUGGCCCAAGCAGGUCUCUUCUUAUUAUUGGUGUCCUUUUAGUAGUGGUUUCUUUGCAGCAAUUCGACCAUAAAGGCCUGAUUCACACAGUCCCCUCUGAACAGUUGAUGUUGAGAUGUGUCUGUGACUUGAACUCUGUGAAGCAUUUAUUUGGGCUGCAAUUUUUGAGUCUGGUAACUCUAAUGAACUUAUCCUCUGCAGCAGAGAUAACUCUGGGUUUUCCUUUCCUGUGGCAGUCCUCAUGAGAGCGAGUUUCAGCAUAGCGCUUGAUGGUUUUUGCGACUGCACUUGAAGAAACUUUCAAAGUUCUUGAAAUGUUCCGUAUUGACUGACCUUCAUGUCGUAAAGUAAUGCUUUUUGCUUAUUUGAGCUGUUCUUGCCAUAAUAUGGACUUGGUCUUUUACCAAAUAGGGCUAUCUUCUGUGUAGUGUACAGUGCCUUUGGAAAGUAUUCAGACCCCUUGACUUUUUCCACAUUUUGUUACAUUACAGCCUUAUUCUAAAAUGGAUUAAAGAAAACUUUUUCCUCAGCAAUCUACACACAAUACCCCAUAAUGACGAAGCGAAAAAUAAAAAAACUGAAAUACCUUACUUACAUAAGUAUUCAGCCCCUUUGCUAUGAGACUCCAAAUUGAGCUCAGGUGCAUCCUGUUUACAUUGAUCAUCCUUGAGAUGUUUCUACAACUUUGAGUCCACCUGUGGUACAUUCAAUUGAUUGGACAUGAUUUGGAAAGGCACACACCUGUCUAUAUAGGCCCAGUGUAGCUCAGUUGGUAGAGCAUGGCAUUUGCAACGCCAGGGUUGUGGGUUCGAUUCCCACGGGGGGCCAGUAUGAAAAAUGUAUGCACUCACUAACUGUAAGUCGCUCUGGAUAAGAGUGUCUGCUAAAUGACUAAAAUGUAAAAUGUAUAUAAGGUCCCACAGUUGACAGUGCAUGUCAGAGCAAAAACCAAGUCCUGAGGUCAAAGGAAUUGUCCGUAGAUCUCCGAGACAGGAUUGUGUCGAGGCACAGAUCUGGGGAAGGGUACCAAAACAUUUCUGCAGCAUUGAAGGUCUCCAAGAACACAGUGGCCUCCAUCAUUCUUAAAUGGAAGAUGUUUGGAACCACCAAGACUCUUCCUAGAGCUGGCCGCCUUGCCAAACUGAGCAAUCGAGGGAGAAGGGCCUUGGUCAGGGAGGUGACCAAGAACCUGAUGGUCACUGACAGAGCUCUAGAGUUCCUCUGUGGAGAUGGGAGAACCUUCCAGAAGGACAACUAUCUCUGCAGCACUCCACCAAUCAGGCCUUUAUGGUAGAGUGGCCAGACGGAAGCCACUCCUCAGUAAAAGGCACAUGACAGUCCGCUUGGAGUUUGCCAAAAGGCACCUAAAGACUCAGACCAUGACAAACAAGAUUCUCUGGUCUGCUGAAACCCAGAAUUAACUCUUUGGCCUGAAUACCAAGCAUUACGUCUGGAGGAAACCUGGCACCAUCUCUACGGUGAAGCAUGGUGGUGGCAGCAUCAUGCUGUGGGGAUGUUUUUCAGCGGCAGGGACUGGGAGACUAGUCAGGAUGAACAGAGCAAAGUACGGAGAGAUCCUUGAUGAAAACCUGCUCCAGAGCACACAGGACCUCAGAUUGGGGCGAAGGUUCACCUUCCAAAAGGACAACGACCCUAAGCACACAGCCAAAACAACGCAGGAGUGGCUUCGGGACAAGUCUCUGAAUGUCCUUGAGUGGCCCAGCCAGAACCCGGAGUUUAACCCAAACAGACAUCUCUGGAGAGACCUGAAAAUGGCUGUGCAGCAACGCUCCCCGUCCAACCUGACAGAGCUUGAGGGGAUCUGCAGAGAAGAAUGGGAGAAACUCCCCAAAUACAGGUGUGCCAAGCUUGUAGCCUCAUACCCAAGAAAACUCAAUGCUGUAAUCGCUGCCAAAGGUGUUUCAACUAAGUGCUGAGUAAAGGGUCUGAUUACAUAUGUAAAUGUGAUACUUCAGGCUUUGUCAUAAUGGGUGUAGAUUGAGGAGAAAAAACAAUUUAAUCAAUUUUAGAAUAAGGCUGUAACAUAACAAUGUGGAAACAGUCCAGCGGUCUGAAUACUUUCCGAAGGCACUGUGUGUGUAUGUAUAUAUGUGUGUGUGUGUGUGUGUGUGUGUAUAUGUAUGUAUAUAUAUAUAUAUAUAUAUAUAUAUAUAUAUAUAUAUAUAUAUAUAUAUAUAUAUAUAUAUAUACUUAGAAAUGUAAUUUUUUUGUCCAUUAAAAUAACAUCAAAUUGAUCAGAAAUACAGUGUAGACAUUGUUAAUGUUGUAAAUGGCUAUUGUAGCUUGAAACGGCUGAUUUCUAAUGGAAUAUCUACAUAGGCGUACAGAGGCCCAUUAUCAGCAACCAUCAGUCCUGUGUUCCAAUGGCACGUUGUGUUUGCUAAUCCAAGUUUAUCAUUUUAAAAGGCUAAUUGAUCAUUAGAAAACCCUUUUGCAAUUAUGUUAGCACAGCUGAAAACUGUUGUGCUGAUUUUAAAGAAGCAAUAAAACUGGCCUUCUUGAGACUAGUUGAGUAUCUGGAGCAUCAGCAGUUGUGGGUUCGAUUACAGGCUCAAAAUGGCCAGAAACAAAUAACUUUCUUCUGAAACUCAUCAGCCUAUUCUUGUUCUGAGUAAUGAAUGCUAUUCCAUGCGGCUAUUUUUUGUUGUUAUUUUUAAACAAUGUUUUUUUCAACGUUUUGUCUGUAUUUUCAGAGCAAACUUAUCCAUAGUGAAGGAGCUUGGAGAUCGUGCCGCCCAGGGCCGAACAUACGGUAACCUUGGCAACACACACUACCUGUUAGGAGACUUCCGGAAUGCAGUGGCAUCACAUGAACAGGUAAUUAAAAUCUGAUCAAAGUGUAUAACAUGCCAUUAAGUGCUCGAUUCAGUCAAAACGGCACUGCUAAAACACACCCUUUUAUCCUUUGGCCAAACGGAAUAGAGUGGUUUUGUGUACCGUAGUAGAAAUACCAGUUAGACUCCCCUCACUGGAAGAUGAGUAGUAGUUUGUACACAAAGGAACUCCAUAAACAUUACUGAGGCAGGUUUGAUUAAAUCUAGCCAUUAGUCUUUUGUCAGAUAGAUUUCCAUUUUCUGUGGUUCUCUGUAGUUCAUUAUAAUGUCCUGUAUGGCUCAUUUCAAUCCAGAAAGACUGGAGGUAAACAUAUGACACAAUGGAAGACUAGAGUCACUGGCUGUACCGAGACCAAGGUGGUGUUGUAAUGUGUGUGUUCGUCCAUUUCUUUCCCAGCGCCUCCAGAUUGCCAAGGAGUUUGGCGACCGCUCGGCAGAGAGAAGGGCCUACUGCAACCUGGGGAACGCCUAUAUCUUUCUGGGGGAAUUUGAAGUGGCAGCCGAGCAUUACAAGUGAGCCAAACCCCCCAGCCCAGCCGUUCUUCUUCUCUUAAUAAAGUUCACUCCCCCUGAGAAAACAACCCUUCUGUCAGUCUGGAGGGUUAACACCGUUAGAACGCCGUAGGGUUUCAGUCUGGAGGGUUAACACCGUUAGAACGCCGUAGGGUUUCAGUCUGGAGGGUUAACACCGUUAGAACGCUGUAGGGUUUCAGUCUGGAGGGUUAACACCGUUAGAACGCCGUAGGGUUUCAGUCUGGAGGGUUAACACCGUUAGAACGCCGUAGGGUUUCAGUCUGGAGGGUUAACACCGUUAGAACGCCGUAGGGUUUCAGUCUGGAGGGUUAACACCGUUAGAACGCCGUAGGGUUUCAGUCUGGAGGGUUAACACCGUUAGAACGCCGUAGGGUUUCAGUCUGGAGGGUUAACACCGUUAGAACGCCGUAGGGUUUCAGUCUGGAGGGUUAACACCGUUAGAACGCCGUAGGGUUUCAGUCUGGAGGGUUAACACCGUUAGAACGCCGUAGGGUUUCAGUCUGGAGGGUUAACACCGUUAGAACGCCGUAGGGUUUCAGUCUGGAGGGUUAACACCGUUAGAACGCCGUAGGGUUUCAGUCUGGAGGGUUAACACCGUUAGAACGCCUUAGGGUUUCAGUCUGGAGGGUUAACACCGUUAGAACGCCGUAGGGUUUCAGGAGAGAUGGCAGCAGCUAUGCCUCUAAGGACACAUUAUAAUGUCCAGAGGGUCAGCAAACAGAUGAGUGUGUGUGUGUGUGUGUCUGCAUGUAUGCAUUGUGCAUUCAUAUACUGAAGUUAAUUUCAGGAACAGAUUAGCCUUUUGGGGUAUGUGUCACUAUGAAUGAGAGACAGUGAUGUGAUGUGGUUGUGGUUGUCAGGAGGACUCUGCAGCUGGCCAGACUGCUGAAGGACCGAGCUGUAGAGGCUCAGGCCUGUUACAGUCUGGGAAACACCUACACAUUGCUCCAGGACUACGAUAGGGCCAUAGACUACCACCUCAAACACCUCAUCAUCGCACAGGACCUCAACGACAGGAUUGGUGAGGGCCGGGCGUGCUGGAGUUUAGGGAACGCUCACACAGCACUGGGGAACCAUGACCAGGCCAUGCACUUUGCUGAGAAACACCUGGAGAUCUCCAAAGAGGUAGACUACACUAUCAUGAGUAGGGCUAUUGCGGUGAGCAUAUUACCGCCACACCGGCGGUCACGAGUCAUGAAGGCAGUCAAAUUCCACAUGACCGUUUAGUCACGGUAAUUAGGCUUCUCCAAGCUCUGAUGCUGCUGAUGGUGCUUCGGAGCGCGCAGCACUCAGGGAGAAGGGCACAAUGCAGCACUCCGGGCCAAGGGCACAACGGCCACUGAUUUUUUUUAGGGUGCAUUAUGGCCACAAAGGGGAUGCCGGCGUGAAAUUCAAGGCAUUAUCAAGUGCUUGUCAAAUUGUGAAUGAGAGACUGAUAAAGUGUGUACAGCCUGCGCAAAAAACAAAGCAGAGCUCAUGCCUUUCAAGUGACUUUUUUUCAAAUCGUCAUUAGUCGCAUCAUGCAGCCUUAGAAUGUAUUAAAAAUCAAAACAUAUAGCCCAACGUUUGUAGAACAACUAAAGUUACAUUAAUAACUCUAAAUUAAGCAUAUAGGAGUACCUAUUUCUUUGUUAACCACUCAACACAGAAUAGCCGCAUGUGCGCACUCCCUCAAAUAGUUUGGAGAAAAUAUUUAUUUUAUUCAGCUUUGUUCAAUUGAAUUCUUCAUACUAUAAAAUAAUGCCACGGAAUUCUGAGCAAAUCUUGUCUGCUAAAUGAACUAGUGUAGCCCACAGCCAUUUGGCAUAGCCAGAUCAGGACCUAACAUAAGGACAACUCAGAGUAUGCUAUUCUGUUCUUCUGAAAUAGACUACAUUUUCUUCACAUCAUGCUUCUUUAGACCUGUCUAAAAUAAAUAAUGGAUUUAUUGUAAAGGUGUAGGCUAUACUACAUGGAUUUAUUAGACCUUUUUAAAAUGUAGAUGUUCUAAAGGUCUGCAUCAGUGGCUUGUAGGCUAUGUGUGGAAGCCAGGAGAUGCUAAAUGUGUUUAUGUUAAUUACGGUCAAUUACCAUGAGACCGACAGUUAUUUGCUUGACAAUCACCGGCUGAUGAAAUUUCGUGACCGCCACAGCCCUAAUCAUGAGACCCACCUUGUGAGUAGGACCACAAGUUUUUACUGAAUCCUAAAAUGUGUGGUCCGCUAAAACUCAUGGCCGUGGAAACCAUAUCCAUAUAAAAAAAUGUAUCUGAUUACAGCAGGGUCAAUCCUAAUGUGGUGUGUUUCAGACUGGUGACCGGAGUGGAGAGCUGACAGCCCGUAUGAACGUGUCGGACCUGCAGAUGGUGCUGGGGCUGAGCUACAGCACCAACAACUCCACCCUGUCUGAGAACCCCAUCAAGGACAUGGACUACAACCUGCACGGAGCCAGGCCCAGGAUGGGCAGACGGCACAGCAUGGAAAACCUGGAGCUCAUGAAACUCAACCCAGACAAGAUCAAUGUAAGUUACUGGGUUUCAAAGGUGCAAUCUGUAACUUUCUAUUCUCUAGCCUUAGUGGCAAUUCAAAGUGCACAAUUGACCUGAAAUUACAUGUUUGUGAUGUGUAUUCAACACCUGUGUAAAACCUGAGUUGUAUAAAGUUUGGUUUGACGUGUCUCCCCUCCCUCUUGUCUCCAGGCUCAGAAGUGGAACAGUGACAUCCUGACCAAGCAGUCUAAACCCACUCUGGCUAAGAGCUCCUCCAAGCUGUUCUUCGUCAGCCGUCUGCGUAGCAAGAAGCACAAGGCUGGGGGCUCCAGUAAAGUCCUGCAGGACACCAGUAACACCCCACAGACCCCCGCACAGGGACCACAGAAGGUUAGAGGGAAAACAUGAUCCUUACUCCUUGCAGAUGCAUUUAUCUAGUCCUAAACCAACUCUUAGCCGUUGACCAUUCUCCUAGUUCUGAAACUACUACUGAAACUACUCCCUCUACUACUACUACUGAUACUACUGAUAGUACUACUACUCUACUACCACUACUGAUACUACUAAUCGACCAUACUACUACUACUACUACUACCAGUAAUACUACUACUCCUCUACUACUCUAUGGAUACUACUAUACUCUACUAUUACGUCUACUAUUAUUCUACUACUACUGUACUACCAAUACUACUCUAUUCUACUUAUAGCUUAUUAGAGCGGUGCUAUUAUGAUGCAAAAUAAAGUAUUUAAUUCUCACUCUCACUCACUAAGAGGGCCAGUCCAGACAUGCUCGGGGACGAGGGCUUCUUUGACCUGCUGAGUCGUUUCCAGAGCAACAGGAUGGACGACCAGCGCUGUUCCAUACAGGAAAAGAGCUCCUCUGACUCUCCAGCCAGAGCCAUGAGGAAAUGUAAGCGUAAACACACAUACUCUGUCAUAUGACGUUAUGAAAUAUGGGUGUUAAUACAUACCCGCUUCUGACAAAAUCCAUGGCAAAAUGUGCCUGUGAUCCCAAUAUUGAUCUCUCUCCCUCUUCUCCUCCAUCUCUCUCUCCUCCAGCGGUGUCAGAGUCAGCGGCUGUAGCAGGCCUGGGCUCUGGGUCGGGUUCCCGAUUGGAGGACGGUGGAGGUGCUGGGGGUAGUUUGCCAGGCCUUCGGGUCCACCAGAACAAAAGCCAGGCUGUUCUCAGCCACCUGAUGGCCAACGCAGAUAACGCUGAGCCUGACGACGACUUCUUCAACAUGCUCGUCAAGUGCCAGGUGUGUGUAGUAAAUAGACCCUUUUCAUUAGGGUGGUGUUCAGUAGGGCACAUUGUAGCAAAAGUUAGAUCUCAGUGUUUUACAUUGAAAGGUGUAAAAAUCUUCCUUUUCAUAUAGGUAACUGUUACACUUUUUCCUCUCCUAUCCCUCCCUCAGGGUUCCCGUCUGGACGACCAGCGCUGCGCCCCUCCCCCAGCCCGUGGCCCCACCGUCCCAGACGAGGACUUCUUCAGCCUCAUCAUGAGGUCCCAGGCCAAACGCAUGGACGAGCAGCGGGUCACCCUGCCCUCCGUAUCAAGGCCCUGCUCCAACUGAGCCUUGCCCAAGGAGAGGGCCCCCGACGGCAGGGUGAAAACCCAGGAGGUGAACAUUGUGGAACAGGAAGGGUAUUUUGUAUUUGUCCACUGGUGGAGAUGAGGACAUUGAUACUGUACUCAACAGUGGAUGGGGCUAUUUUAUAGACUAACUUUUCAAUGAUUUUUUCUCUCCAUAGCAUAGACUAUUGUGUUGCUUCCAACAAUAAUGGUUGUUGGGAAUCGUCGAUAAUCCUGUCCAUGGUGGGAUUCAGAAGCCUCAUGUUUCCAAGUUGAAAGCACUGCUGGCAUUAAUGUAGUCGCCUAUAGGGAACCACAAUAUACAGUGGAACAUUCAGGAACUCUAAAAGGAACCCACUGAAGGAUUCUAGAAUAUGGAAACAUUUUUCCUUAUGAGGAAUACUCUACUAUCUGGAACUGUACUGGACAUGUUGUGAAACUGCACAGACAAACAUGAAGUAACAUCAGAUGAGUAGGUUCAGGGCAUUAGGUUUUUAACAAUUCUUAUUUUUUUAUGAUUAUGUACUCCAUAUAAUUUUACUACCAUCACCUGAAAAUGUAUCUUUAGAUACGAGUCAUGACUGCAGUUGUUUGUAUUUAUUGUACAAUUUCUUUUCUAAUUAUUUUGUUUUAAGCUCUUGCAUACUGCCAUUUCACCUCCCUUUGUGGCUUGAUGUGGUUGUUUUUUUGCACCAGAUUUUUCUGACGUAGACUAGUCUCGGACAGGUACAGCACUAUCUUUCCCGCAGGUAGCCUAGCGGUUAAGGGCAUUGGGCCAGUAACCGAAAGGUCGC